AUGUUUCCGGAUUCAAUUUUGCCCAACACUUUUCAUGUUUGUGAUGGUGGCUUGUUUGCAGCAGUUUCUCUUGGUGGUUUAUUGGCGACUUCUGGUGGUUCAUCAGCAACGGAUAUUUCUAGUGAUUCAUUGGCAACAAUUAUUUCUGGUAGUUCAUUGGCAACGGUUGUUUAUGGUGGUUCAUCGGUGAUGGCUGCUUCUUCAUGGUCAUCAAAAUCGGAAGUUGAACAAACUUUGAGAUUGUUGAUAUUACUUGCAAGUGAACUUGCAAGUGAUACCACUGAACUUGCUCGUUUCAUUAAAAAACUUGCUUCA